AAGCUUGCAGACGUCUUUCCGUAAAAAGCAGGCUUGAACAGGUAGACGUUGUGGGAAUUUAACUGAAUAUUUUUUGAAUAUUUUUUUUACUGAAUUAAACAAAAUUGUUGUGAAUAUGGUUAAAAAAUAAAAUAAGAGUAGUGAACACCAAUAUUUGUUCCUCAAAAUUUCAAAGGAAAGAAGAAAGAAAGAAAGACCACAGUUCGCGAAGAGAUUUUGUGAAACAUUGUGUAAAAAACAAAUUUAAGAAUUCGCUUGAGAGGAAGCAGCAGUAAAACAGAAAUAUUUUCUUUACCUGGUGAUUUUAAAGAUUAUUUUAAGCGACAGAAGAAAGAAUCGAAAUGCGUAAAAUCGGCGAUUUAUUUUAUGGCCGCGGCACGGAUGACUUCGAGACGAUUGAAUCAUUCGAACUCUUGUCUCGCAGUUUUGCUGCAAUUGGUUUUGCACCCAAGAGACCGAAACGUGUUGUUGACAUAAUUCAUCAGCUUAUUUGUUGGAGUUGCAUUUUCAGCUGUCCUUACCUCUUUUUUUCUGGAGUGGUAAAAACUAUGCACUCGUUACCGAUAACAAUCGUGCUUGCGCAUUUAGGAGUCGCUAUCAACAGUAUUGCAUUUCCUUUGAAAGCUAUUUAUAUUAAAGCCAAUAUUGACCGUUUGGAUGACAUCGGACAGAUUUUCAACGCUUUGGAUAAACGUUAUCAGCGACCGCAAGAUCAGAGGCAAAUCAGAGAUUCGGUCAAAACUUGCACACGCAUAUUUGUUGUUUUUUGCAUUGUGUAUUGGUUGUUUGGCACUUCAAGUUGGUUGGUAGCGCUUUGCAUACAUGAAUAUCCCAAUGGCAAUAACUUGCCAUUCAUUGAUUGGCUGCCAGAAUCAAAUUUGAGAUUUUGGCUUCACUUUAUCUUUGAGGUAGUAUUUCUGCAGGAACUGCUACAAAUGAGUUUGACAAUGGACUCGUUUCCUGCAUUAUAUAUACGUGCUGUGCGUACACAUAUCAAUCUCUUGACGGAUCGUGUGAGUCGUUUGGGUCUUAAUCCCGAUUUUAGUGACCAGGAUAAUUUUGAUGAAUUAGUCGAUUGCAUCGUUUCGCAUCAAGAAUUACUGCAGAUUUCCGAUACCGUUGGCAAGAUCCUUUCUCUCACCACCUUCUUUCAAUUUACUAUAUAUGCCGUUAUACUCUGCGUCUGCAUGCUUAACAUGUUCGUAUUUGGCGACGCAUCGACCAAGCUGGUCACGUUGGUUUAUCUCUUACCCGUAUUUUGGCAGACCAUUCCCACCUGUUACCAAGCUUCGAUGCUCGAGGCGGACAGCGCUAAAUUACCUCUAGCAAUUUUCCAUUGCAACUGGUUGGCUUUGGAUAAGCGUUGCCACAAAUUAAUCAUCUAUUUCAUGCAACGCGCUCAGGCGGAGAUCUCCUUUACCGCAAUCCAAUUGUUUGUAAUUAAUUUGAGAACCAACUUGUCAAUCGCCAAGUUUUCGUUCACUUUGUAUACUUUCAUAAAUGAGAUGGGCUUUGGAGAGACAUUAAAGGAUCGACUGGAGUAAGAUUUUAGAAAGAACUUUCAAAAAGAAAUGCCAAAAAAGCAAGUGACACAAUAACAAUAAAAUUUAUGUAGAGAAAGUUACGUAGCUGACAUAUUAUUUUAAGCACUUCGCAACGUUGCUGUAAUUUUACUUAUUAACCUUUGCACUGUAGUCGUGAUUGAGAGAAUAAACUAGAUGAACUAUGGGUUU